AUGUUGUCUGAUGCCCGUCCGCCGGACCCACAAUUCGGCGAUCAGCUGCUGCUAUUGGCAAUACAGGAGCGUCUGAUGACCCAGCAUCGUCCUCUUUCCCCUCCACAAGCCUCAUCUACAGCCCUGCCAUCAUCACUAUCAUGUUCGAUUUCCCCGCAUAGUCUUGGGCUAUCAUUCUCGAAUGGACCGCUGAAUGGACAGAUGGGCCGCCAACUAAACGGUGGAAAUGGCGGUGGCCUGGACGCGACGGCCCAAUUAUACCAACAACUGAUGCUGAGUCUCGGCAGUCUGCCGCUACUUUCGAACCCGCUUGAGUUGUCGACGUGCUUGCAGAGCACAUCGGCUUCUCAUCCCUUGUGGACACAUAACCUAUGCAAUUGGCCGGGAUGUGAUCUACCAUGCGACAGUUUGGCCAAUUUCCUCCUGCACCUCCAACAGGCGCAUCCGGUUGAUGAACGGUCUGCCCAGCAGUUGCGCCAGCAGAUCGAGACCGUCGACAACUUGGAGCAUCGGUUAUCGAAAGAACGCAUCCGCCUCCAGGCCAUGAUGCAACAUUUGCAUAUGAAGACGACGUCGGCCUCCUCUGCACACCCAUCUGCCGAUACCUCACCCGCACUCACCUCCCAUCAACCACCACUCGGCAAAACGGAGCCAAUGUCCCCGCUACGAAGCCCAAAACUCGAAGUCGGCGGAUUCCAGCAAAUCCAGCAAACCUCCCCCACAAUACCCCCGAUGCCCAGCAUCCCGACGACCGUCACCGAAUUUCUCGCACAAGUACAGCCAUGCGUCUCCUCGGCUUCAAGCAUAUCUUCGGUAAUAAGCGGGAUGGAUGAUGUGAAGAUUCCCGUAACGACAUCCACGCCAUCCUCCAACCCAACCAAUUCCUCAUCCGCCACCGCAGCACGACGAUCCCGAAUCUCGGAUAAGACUGCCACCUCAUCCCUCCCAAUCGCAACAGAUAUCGCCCGAAAUCGCGAUUUUUACCGAACGAAUGAUAUACGACCGCCCUACACAUAUGCCUCCCUCAUACGGCAGGCCAUUAUGGAAAGUCCGGAAUGCCAGCUAACCCUCAACGAGAUCUACCAAUGGUUCCAGGAGACGUUUGCGUAUUUCAGGCGGAAUGCUGCUACUUGGAAGAACGCCGUCCGACACAAUCUAUCCCUUCACAAAUGCUUUACCCGAGUCGAACAGAACGUUAAAGGAGCCGUGUGGACUGUGGACGAUUCUGAAUUCUACCGUCGUCGCCCUCAUCGGGGCUCCGUGACAAGGUCCCAACCCCAGACACCAACCCUAUCAAUGGCCGACACGCUGCUAAAUCAGCGAUUCUUGGACCAGACGGCACUUAAUUUACGAGGCACUGACGGUGCUCUCGUUACGGAUGGAGAUGCAUUAACAAACAACGUGUUAUCGUUUUUGAACGGCGAAAACCCACUUUCAUUACUUUCCGCAGCCGCAGCAGCCCAUUCCAUUGAUGGGGAUGGGAGUGAAGGCCAUGGCGAGCUAGCGGAAACGGAAGAACAGACGGAGAACAAAUCCCCCGAUGCCCAGUUGAUCAUCGACGAGCCGGCGUCA